GCAAUACGAGGGAGGGAGACGAACUGAACAUAGAUAGCCUUGAACGGCAACCCGAAAUCCAAAAUUAUAAUUCGAGUUUCGGUAUAGCUGCACAUUUUUCCCAGUGUGUGACGUUUUGCAUGACUUGAAUAAGUGAAAAAGCUACUUGGCGGCGUACAUAAGUUCUUCUUAAUUAGCGAAUAUUUAUCUACCGUCGACUGUACUGUGCGUGUACAAACCGAUUAACUUUUUCUCCAUUUACUGUGCGUGUACAAACCGAUUAACUUUUUCUCCAUUUCAUAUGAGUGAAUACGAUGAAUAAACAAAUUCGAAGAUUAAGUUUAGGAAUUUUACUGAUUCAUAUUGGUUUGUUUGCCAGUAUUUUUUACCAUUGGUAUAUAAAACAUGAAUGUAAAAAAAAUGAAAAUAGUAUACAUAUAAAGAACACUUUGGUUGAUAUACCGGAUAUAGAAAGUAAUUUCAAGAAGGCUUUUCCAGUGAACACGGUUUUUCGGAUUCUUUUCAUCAACAAACCACUAUAUAUACAUAUAAAAUCAGGAAAUAAUUACAUACAAAAGAAUUGUUAUUUCAAAAAUUGUGUUUUGAUUGACGAAACUAAAUCCUUUUCUCAAAUGUCAGCAAUUGUAUUUAAUGCCCAAGAUGAACUUCAUUUUAAUGGUUCAUUUUUAAGAAAUGAACGUCAAAGUUUACAAAUAUGGAUAUCAUUUAGAGAGGAGCCAAUAGGAAAUGUGAGAACAACAUGGUUUAGAGAUAAUGUGUGGAAAAAUGCAAUGAACUGGACGUGGGGAUAUCGCCUUGACUCAGAUAUAUUCUUUCCUUAUCAGACAUUAGCGACUAGAAAAACACAACUGAAACGUGAUUACACAACUGUAUUUAAGGGGAAAACGAAACUUGCAGCUUGGAUAGUAAGUCAUUGCCAUGCUAAAAGUCUACGAGACGAAUAUGUCCAAGCUCUUAUUAAGGAGGGUAUCGACGUUGAUAUAUUUGGAAAAUGUUCUCAAAACAGAACAAGGGUAAACAGAAAUCAUAUACAUAAACAAAUUAACACGGACUACAAAUUCUAUUUCUCUUUUGAAAAUAAUUUUUGUAAAGAUUAUGUGUCUGAAAAGUUCUUUGAUUUUUUCUCUUUGGACACAAUUUUAAUUGUUCGUGGAGGAUUUAAUUACUCAAAACAUUUUGAUAAUAACGCUUUCAUUGAUGCUUCUUUGUUUCCAACGGUUAAAUCAUUAGCAAAAUAUAUAUUAAGGGUUGGUAAUGACAUGAAUUUGUAUACAAAAUAUUUACAAGCAAAAGACAAGUAUGAAGUUGAAGGAACAAGUUAUCAUAGUCGUUUGGAAUCAAUGUGCAAACUUUGUGAACAUAUGAACAAUCAAAAUAGGUAUAAGAAAACGUAUAAAGAUAUCGCAAGCUAUCUAGAAAAUGGAACAUGUUUUAAUCCAGAAAAAAUCGAGUAAGUUUUAUGAAUUGUAUUGAUUUUAUUUCUAUUUCAACGAAAUUCUCAACAUUUGCAAAGUUAUUGACAUAUAUACGCACACCUUGCAUGCAUUAUCUAGACUCAUUAUUAAAUAAAUAUCUUACACUUUAUACAUUAAUAAAUAUUGAAAUCCGAAUUUAAAAAACAAUGUUGCGUUUUGUUGUUUAGCCAAUUGUGUGUUUAUUUGUUUACCAAUAUCAGUGAUACUGGGGAAACAAUUUCAUACGAAUUUAUACUAACACUAAUGCAUACAUAUUUACAACAUGUAUGUAUUAAAAAAAUUCAAUAAUCUAAAUACUGUAUACAAACAUUAUCCAGGUCAUAUCCCUAGUUUAUAUAUAAAUAUCUGCCGAUUUCUUUUUGUCACGCGGGUUAUUUGGCAAAUCCAACCACUAUUUUACG